GCUCACGCCGCCCGGGACACACAGGAGACAGCCGUCGAGCUUCGCCAGAGGAGGCCCUCCUCUCCUGGCGGCGCCGGCGCCGGCGGCUACCGCGGUGCUGUUUAAUUUGGCGCAACUUUGUAGAGGUUCCUAUUUCACUGCGCACUUGCUGUCCUCAAGAAGACAUUUCUCUGAAACUGCGUUUAUUAUCCAGUGUUUUAAGAUGUAGAGUGGAUGGGUUCUUAUCCCAGUGGCAGGGACGCGGUGGCGUUUCCCAGCCAGUCCGAGUCCGACUCGGAGUCCACGCCUCUUCCUUAAUUAAAAAACAACGAGGCUCCUCCUUCAUUUUUUUUUUAAAGAUGCAGGGUUAUCAAUGUAAAGUUAUAACUCGAUCAGUCCUUACAAUCACCAAUGCUGAUAAUACUCUAUUUACUUGUUGCAGGUGCUGUUUAAUUGGGCGCAACUUUGUAGAGGUUCCUAUUUCAGUGCGCACUUGCUGUCCUCAAGAAGACAUUUCUCCGAAACUGCGUUUAUUAUUCAUUAGAAUAGAGUAAUUUCCUUGCCCCACCCGAUGGACAAAAGCACUGCUCCUGGUCCUGCUGAGGACAUUCUUGAGGAUGGGAAUCAUGCAAACUCUAGCCAGAACACUGAGACCUUUAAGCAUCAAAGUUUCACAUACACAUCCCAGUCACCGGGUGAAAGGAGAAAUUAUAAAAGGGCAGCUAACAGGGGAAGGAAAGGAUCCACAGUAUCAGAAGAGAAGUCACCUAGUGACUCUGUGCACACUCUAACAGAAAAGGCUGCAAAAAAGCCACCCAGUGACCCUGUACACACUGUGGUAAAACCAGCUGCAAAGAAAACUAAAAAGGGUAAACCCGUGAAGAAAAGUUCGGGCAAUGAGUUCUCGACAAUUCGUAAGCGAGUUAGGUAUGUUUUGAAUCGGAUGAACUAUGAGCAAAGUCUACUUGAAGCAUAUGCCAGUGAAGGAUGGAAAAGGCAAAGUUUGGAAAAGAUAAGGCCCGAGAAGGAGCUGGAACGAGCCAAGGCGGAAAUUGUGCGGUGUAAAUUGAGAAUACGAGAAGCUUUCCAGAGUCUUGACCAUCUUCUAUCUGUGGGGAAACUCCAGGAAUCUUUGUUUGAUUCUGAAGGAAAGAUAUCUUGCGAUGAUAUUGUUUGUUCCACCUGUAGUACCCAAGACGUUACAUUGAAUAAUGACAUCAUUCUCUGUGACGGAGUUUGCGACAGAGGAUUCCACCAGAACUGUUUAAACCCCCCUUUACUGACUAAAGAUAUCCCAGCGGGAGAUGAAGGAUGGCUUUGCCCUGCAUGUGAUUGCAAGAUAGAUUGUAUAGACAUAAUAAAUGAACUCCAAGGGACCGAUCUUUCCAUUGAUGACUCUUGGGAGAAAGUUUUUCCUGAGGCAGCUGCUGUGGCACACGGACAGAUGCAAAAUGAUGUACCUGAUCUUCCAUCGGACGAUUCUGAAGAUGAUGACUUUGACCCUAAUAUUGCUGAAGAGCAUGUGGCUGGUCAUGUAGAAGUAUCAUCAGAAGAGGAUGAGGGUGAAGAUUCGGACUCUGAUGACUCAAAUUUUAUGACCUCUUCUGACAACUCAGAACAUGUUAAGGAGAAAGAGAAAGUUGAUGACCUUGGAUUACCUUCUGAGGACUCAGAAGAUGAUGACUAUGAUCCAGCAGGUCCUGAUUCAGAUAAAGAUAUCCAAGAGAAGCAAGAUGAGUCAGACUUCACAUCGGACUCUGAUGAUUUCUGUGCUGAGAUUGCUAAGUCUUGUGGUCAGGAUGAAGUUUCGUCAGGUCCUAAGGUCGGAGAUCAUAGUAAUGACAUAGAGGGAGCCACUGUUCAGCCUAACACAGCAAUGUCUCAUCUCACUUCUAAGGAUCUUGGAAUCGACUCAGAUUUAAUUUUACCCUCAGGGAGAAGGCAGGUUCAAAAGUUGGACUACAAAAAACUGUAUGAUGAUGCUUAUGGGGACGCCCCAUCUGAUUCAAGUGAUGGUGAAGAGUGGUCUGGGAAGAGCACAUUCAAAGAAGAUGAUGAAGAACGAAAUGAAGUGGAUUCAUUUGCACGCAAUAGCUCCAGAGGAGCACGGGCUGUGCAGCAGAAUAGCACUCGACAAAGCUUGCAUCCUGAUGGAAUUCAUGGUUUAGUAAAUGGUCUACAUGCAGGGCAGCCUACCUCUGAUGGCAGCAAUAGUAAAGCUAAGAAACGGCAAUUUGGUCCAGUAAUCAAUGAGAGGCUAAAUAAGCAUUUCACAGUAGACCAAUACCCUAGCCGUGCUGUUAAAGAAAGCUUGGCCCAAGAACUAGGGCUGACAUUUCGUCAGGUUAACAAAUGGUUUGAAAGUACCCGUAGUGCCGCAAGAGUAGCUGCUACCAAGAAUGGCACUCGCAUGGAAAACCAUGGCAACAAGAGGAAGAGGAGCUCAGUGGUAACUCGCAUGGAAGUUGCAGACCCCAAAGAGACGAUGUUGGAAAAACCUAAUGCAUGUAAAAACGAAGCUAUCAAACAAGAUGGCUCUUCUGGAAACCUAGAACCUUUGGAAAACAUAGAGAAAGUUGCUGACCUUGGAUUACCUUCUGAUGACUCUGAGGAUGAUGACUAUGAUCCAACAAGUCCUGAUUCUGAUAAAGAUAUUGAGAAGAAGCAAUCAUGUUCAGACGAGUCAGACUCUGAUGACUCCAAUUUUAUCGUCUCUUCUGAUAAUUUGGAACAUGUAAAGGGGAAAGAGAAAGUUGAUGACCUUGGAUUACCUUCUGAGGACUCGGAGGAUGAUGACUAUGAUCCAGCAUGUCCUGAUUCAGACAAAGAUAUAAAAGAGAAACAAGGUGAAUCAGACUUCACAUCAGCAGGUCCUGAUUCAGACAAAGAUAUCAAAGAGAAACAAGGUGAAUCAGACUUCACAUCUGACUCUGAUGACUGUGGCCAAUAUGUGGUUUUACCAUCUUCAGGGAAACGGCAGGAUGCUAACCGGGAAGCACCAUUUGAUUCGAUUCAUGGUGAAGAUUUACCUGAGAAAAACACACCUGAAAAGCACAAUGGGAAACAAAGUGAAGAAGGUUCUUUUGUGAGCCAGAGUAAUGAAUUCACUCCGCAAAGUGCUCAAGGUCAACAAAGCUUGCAUGAUUUGGUGAAUGGAAAACAUGAAGAAGAGCUCCUUACCCCUAAUGGAAGCAAUAGUUCAGUCCCGAAAGGAAAAUAUGGGCCAAUAAUUUAUCAGAGGCUACAGGAGCAAUUCACAGCAGAUCAAUAUCCUAGCCGUGCUGUUAAGGAAAGCUUGGCACAAGAAGUAGGUCUGACAUUACAUCAGGUUAACAAAUGGUUUGAUCGUAAGCGGCAUAACACAAGAGUAGCAUCUAGCAAAAAUGGCACCAAGGGAAAUGGGAGCUCAGUUGCAGCUCACAAAGUUACAGACCCCGAGACGAUGGUUGAAAAACCUGAUGUAGGCAAUAGUGAUGCUGCAAAUGAGGAUAUGACAUCUGGAAUUCUGAACAAAGGUAUCAAGCAAGAUGGUCCACUGAAACGAAACAUCGUUGAUGUGUUGAUGAGAAAUGUCAGCUCUCCAAAUAGCAGUCAAAGACGCACUACCGCCAAGGGGUCGGUAGGGCCUCCAAAAGGUAAGUCCAGCCAGGAUCGUGUAAAGAAUGCCUCCUCCAGCCGUGUUGAAAGGCCAAAAGAUGGUGAUACAGAGGAUGUGAUUCUGGCGCUAGAAGCUGUAGAUGAGAAAACAAAAAACUCAGUACUGCGGGAGCUGAAGAAGAGGAAAAUCGGCUGAUGACUUUUCUAGCUAAAAGACCCUUUGGAUUCGCAAUGGGGACCAUGGUUUUGGGAUUAGGGUUCUUUACCCACAUGGUGGAUGUUUUACUCCCAACAGGAAGCUUGGUUUGGUUUGGGGACUACCUCUUAAGAUCGUUAUAUUCCUUCAGAUCGAAAGUGGUUGAAACUGAGAAUUCAGAAGUGUAGCGGCAACGGUGUAUCAUGGUAGAGAAUACAAACUAUAGGAUGUUUCGUUGUGCAUUCGAUGCUGUUGUCUCCUUUACCCAGCUGUGAAAUCAUGGUCCUGUACAGUCAUGGGUUGUGUACUUGUGCCAUGUGUUGUCUACCUAGAUGAGUAAGUAGGCUGUUCAGCUUAGAAUUUAUAUGAUACAUGGAGUAUUGGACAACGUCAUUAGACGUGCAUACAUGUUGUACUGUUCGUAAGGAGUAUAUGCCCCCUUCAUUUUCAUGAUCUC